CCGAGUCCGUCAGCUAAGCCGAAACAUGAUGAUGUGACUCCACCUCCACCACCAGCUCAUCGUGGCCCUUCUGGUUAUUCCGCGACGUCAUCCAGCCAUUCAUUGACGAGUUACGCCAGUGCAUCAACGGCAUCAACGAGUAUUUCGGAUUAUUCGAAACCGUUACCUUCAACGUUACCGUCAACAAGUACCUACCAUGGUUCUGCUUCUUCGAAUGAUUUUGGCCGCUCGCCUGUAGUGAUCGAGCUACAAGAACUGCAGUUGAACAAGCAAGGUGGUAGGAACUCUGCACCUCCUCAAACGUCACCACCCAUACCACCUACGAGUAGAAUUCAGGAUUCUAUGCGACCUCCUCGUCCGCCACCGCCCAAGUCGUCGUCAGGAAUAGCAUCUGGUAGUGCACUCUGA